CAGCACCUUCCCUCAGGGAUCUAAACCAAUUUUCUCACCAUUGCUAAAUGCUGAACUUCCCCUGUACCCUCACAGACAUCCUCUGCAGCUGAGGCUCUGAAAUACUGGAGGACACUGCAUCUUCCUCAGGGACACGGGCAAGGGAGAGCUGGAGCCUCUGGGGGGCUCGGACAGGAAUUGUGGUUGGUGGUCGCCUGAGGAACUUAUCUUCACCCCAAUGUUGCUCUGAAAGGAGUCGUGUCCAACAGUCAGGUUUGGUAAGAUGCCUCAGGAACAGUACCCGCACCGGAGCACCAUGCAGACCUCGGAAGGACCCCAGGUAUACAAAGUGGGGAUUUAUGGCUGGAGGAAGAGGUGCCUCUAUUUCUUUGUGCUGCUCCUAAUGAUUUUAAUCCUGGUGAACCUUGCUAUGACCAUCUGGAUUCUGAAGGUUAUGAACUUCACAAUUGAUGGAAUGGGGAACCUGAGGAUCACAGAAAAGGGUCUGAAGCUUGAAGGAGAUUCAGAAUUCUUGAAACCUCUCUACGCCAAAGAAAUCCGAUCAAGACCAGGCAACCCCCUGUACUUCCAGUCCGCCAGGAACGUGACCGUGAACAUCCUCAACGAGAACACGAAGGUCCUCACUCGCCUUGUAACAGGUCCCCAAGCAGUGGAAGCACACAGCCAAAAAUUUGAGGUGAAAACCCUCUCUGGAAAAUUGCUGUUUUCUGCAGAUGACAACGAAGUGGUGGUUGGAGCAGAGAGAUUGAGAGUUCUAGGAGCAGAAGGCACAGUGUUCCCUAAAUCUAUAGAAACUCCCAAUGUCAGGGCAGACCCCUUCAAGGAACUAAGGCUGGAGUCGCCCACGCGCGCGCUGGUGAUGGAGGCUCCCAAGGGCAUCGAGAUCAACGCCGAGGCCGGCAGCCUGAAGGCCACGUGCAGGACAGAGCUCAGGCUGGAAUCCAAAGACGGAGAGAUAACGUUGAAUUCUGCAAAAAUCAAACUACCUAACUUGCCUCAAGGAUCUUCCUCUUCUGCAGGGUCCAGGCAAAAAAUCUACGAGCUCUGUGUGUGUCCCAAUGGGCGGCUGUUCCUGUCGCAGGCAGGCAGCAGCUCCACCUGCCAGAUAAACACGAGCGUCUGCCUUUGAGGGACACUGUGCACAGGGGCAUCACAGGCAGCACAAAAGCCAGUUCUGGUCUCACAGAUCCAGCUGCCAACUAUUUUUACUAGAACACAGAAAGCCUAUCAAAGACUUUUUUUGUGUGUGCGCGCGCGUGUGUGUGAAUAUAUAUAUAAAAAAAUAUAUAUAAGAUAUAUAUAUAUAUAUCCUCUGUGUAAAAUGAUGUUUCAGUACAAGGAAUCCCAGGGUGACCCUGUUACAUUUGUGUAGCAUUUCUCUUUCCCACACCAAAAUUUACUGGUACAAUCUGCUGAAUUGGAUCUGAUGCUCCCCUGGACCCUUCUGUAUUAAGACAGCGCAAUGAUCACCCCUCGUUUUUGAUCAUGUUCUCAGAGCAAUGGGAUUGCUGGCUGGGCAAGACCCUGGAACCAAUGCAGAGCCACCACCAUCCAAAGGGAAGAGAAGCAUCUCUGAUUAUUUUUGUGCCAUUAAAUCGGUGGCAUGAGAAAGGAAUAGUUUUAAAACCAACAAAACAGCCAGAUGUGCUGUGCUGAUCACCUACAGUGAUCCAAGAUACCUCAGGUUAAAUUACUCUUUAAUUAUUACCUGAAGCAUGGCUCCCUGUUGGGAGAGAUGGAUGCACUUGGCCAGCAGGAAAGUCCAGACCUUCUUGCUGAAAUAAGAAAUGUGAUUUUCUGAAGGGGUUCAACACUGGCCCGUGCAUGGCCAAGGAUGCCUUGUGCUAUUCAGGUGUGACACAUCAGGUCCAACAUUAACCUAAAAUCAUCUCUGUGCUGGCAAAACUGGUGUUGUACUUAGUCAUUGGAAAGAACAAAAUUGUGAAAGUUGGACUAAGUAGAAAAAUUCUGAACCUCUUUUGCUAACAGGUGUCCUGGAUCACCCUACAAACUCCCCAUUGACACCUUCAAUUUUGAACACAUUUGGUGUGAAGUUGUGAAAAUUUAAGAUUUGGACACUGCCUAAAUACCUGUAGAAACAGAGAAAAUUAACUAGAAACUGAGAAAAUCAUAAAAUUAAGUGAAUAAUGUAGAUGCUACACCAGAAUUUUUGUCAUCUUUCUUUUCAAGAUCUACAGUCCAAGAUCACAUAGAUUUGGUGGAAACUGCAGUUAUCAGAGAUGCUGACAAUUAAAGACUUUUUUUAAGGAUUUAUAAAGAUUGUGACAAAGCCAGAUUAUUGAAAGGAAGGGCUUUGGAUGCUGGUUCCUCUAGAAUUUGAGUCCCCAAAACUCUGUGGUUGAAUCUUAUCAUGGUUGCAUUUUUUUUUUUAUUUUAAGUCUAGGAGUCACGGGCAGGAUAAAACACAAAUAUCUGAUCUGGUAACAUUACUUCCACUUUUAAAGGUUUGGAAAAUAAUGAUAAGAGCCCAGAUCAUUGAAAUCUGACCCAUAAUUUCAUCCACAUGUAUGUAAAAAAUCCUUUAAAAAAACCAAAUAUACCAAUUAAGGCAAAAGUUUCCAAGUGACAACAAUCUCACGAGGACAGCAAGGUUUCUGAGCCACUGAGAUGCUUUUGAAGUAUUACCUCAUGUGCAAAUAAGACAGAUCUGUGCCCAUCCCUAGUGGUAUCUAACCAAAGCUAGUAUUCUUCAAGUGAUUUUCAAGAUAAAACAUAGCUGACAGAAAUCUUUAGAAAUAAUUUAGCCAAUUCCCUUUUCUUACAGCUUUUCAUGUAUUUUCUUGUGGUCUCGAGAGUACCAGGGUUUGAUUUUUUUUUUAAUUUUUUAUUUUUUAAUUAACAAUUCUGGCUUAAUCCAAAACUGAUUGGACUCAGAGAAGAUUUCUAUGGAGUUUAGAUUGGAUGUGUUGCUGCCCAACAAAGCAGCACUCUCAAAAACAUUUAUUCCUGAAAGAGGAUUGAAUUCUUUCCUUUUAUUUCAAUAAUGCUUUCUGAUAAAUUAACGUAUUCAAACUAUUUGUUAAUGAAUGAUUCCUGUAAUUAUUAUGUCUUGAGUCAACAUUUGAAUGCAAAGGGUCACCCAGGGUAACAAUUGUAUUGGGACACAGGAUGUACCAUCUCUGUUCAAAGAGGGGAAUUGUGCCUAUGCCUUAAGUCAAUGCACUCAGCAAGGAGAAGCACAUCAUAUUUAUCUUGUUAUUAAAUCUAGUUUAUUUGGGGGGAGGGACAGGAGGGUGUCUUGGGAACUGGUUGUGCAACUUAAAACAGAUAUUGGUGAAAUACAUUAAGACUGUAGGGGCACCUAGAAUGAUACAGACUUU